AUGGGUCUGUUCGCGUCACAUGCCCCAACAUGCUCCUAUUCACCCCAACGCACUCCAAUACGUUGAUUCCGAUGACGCCAACCUAUUAGAAUGCGUUGGAGUGAGUAGUAGCUAAAGACCUAUAUGGUUUGUUUUAAAAUUAUUAAAAGCGUUAGACCGACAGCUGGCUUCAUACCGGUAUCUUUUUGCGUAUCGCAACAGACGCAGGAUGGACGGAUGGACCGGCUUCGGAGCAAGUGGCAUCGUGAAUCUCUUAAUUAAUCGCGGUAAGUCUGAUGUGGACCGCGCGCGGUGCCGGAGCAAUGUCGCGCCAUGGCUACUCGGUAAAUCAAAUCUACAUCAUAACUUGGGUUAAGUUCUCAGUCUUAACAUUGCGCUCGUGUAUUUUCCAUUGGACAAUACGCGUUACUCGCAAUAUCGGGGAAAAAAAACAGUCGUCGCAUUAUCGAUUAUUUCUGUGAGCAAUCGACAUGUAAGGAUGCAUGGCUGGCAAUAAGGAUGCUGCAAAAAGAUUCGGCGUACCGAUCGCGCGGCGGCGGCGUUACCUUUGGCGUGUGAAGUUAACCGCGCGACGUGGCGUCACUUUUAACGCGUGAAGUUGACCGCGCGAGAAUGACGAAGCCGUUUCACUCCAUCUUUUACAUAUCGCUGUUAGAACGUAACGGACGCAAGAUGGACCGGCUCCUGAAUAAGUGGCAUCGCGAAUCUCUUAAUUGAUCGCGGCAAGUCCAAUAUAGACCGGUGCCGGGGAAAAUGUUGCGCCAUAUCUACUCGAACGCGGCGAACGCGGGACGGAUCGACCCCGGAGCGAAUGGACUUGCACAUCACCGACGUGUUAUUGCCCGGUACGACAACGCGGACAAUAAAGCCAGGAGGCGGCCGGUGUCUUCAACAUCGUCGACAUGUUCACGUGGGGGUGGUCCCAUGCUGCGCCGUGUGCGAAAGCGAGCGCGGUAGGAUGAGGCAGACGAGGAAAUCCGGACUACGAGGGACUUCUGGACUCGGCGCUGGUACGUCUGGCUGCGUGAUUGCAUCACGGCUCUCAAAAAUGCCGAACGUGACCGUUUUGCUCGUGGAGGCCGGCGGAUACUUCGGAUGGCUAUCUACUAUGCCGCUCUUAGCACCGAUGAUGCAAGGCACCGAGGUUGAUUGGGCCUACCAAACGGAGCCGCAAGUCUUCUCGUCCCGAGGGCUCUACGGCUAUAGACAAAAUUAUCCAAGAGGAAGAGGACUUGGAGGGAGCGGGCAGCUUAAUUAUCUCGUUCAUUCUUUUGGGAGGCCCGAGGACUACAAAAGAUGGCCGAAGGGUUGGUCGCACGCCGACUUGCUUCCCUACUUUCAAAAGGUGUCCGAUAUUAUGAACGUUAGCCCGAUGCCGGAGGAAGAGUACUUAACGAAGGCCUUCGUUCUCGCCGAGGAAUCGUUAAAGCUGGAUAAUAUAUCCUUACGAAAAGCGAUGUACACCGCGAAAAAGGGAAGCAGAUGGAGUACUCUACACGCAUAUUUGCGGAAGGCUUGGAAUCGCAAGAAUUUACAUAUUCUAAUGAAUACACUCGUCGCCAAGGUACUUUUCAAAAACGAUAAAGCCGAUGGAAUUAAAGUGAUAUAUAAAGACGGCUCCGUCGGGAAAAUCGGCGUUAGAAAGGAAGUGAUCCUUUGCGCGGGUGCUAUCAAUACUCCGCAAUUACUUUUAAUUUCAGGCAUAGGGCCUGCCAGCGAACUAAACAAACAUAAGGUGAUAAAUGAAAAUAUCAUCGUCAGACUUUUCAAUUUUAAAAGCGACAAAUACGAUCUGCAGAUACCCGUGGUACGAGAUCUUUCUCAAGUAGGCCGGAAUCUGUUCGAUCAUCUGAACGUGCCCGUUUACGUGAACCUACGAGAACGAGUUAGCAUCACGCUUGUGAAGCUGCAAACUGUAUCCGAGGUGUUCAAUUAUUUUGCCUUUGGAACCGGAUGGUUGGCCACUAACGGCGUAAUGGGAUUGGGGCGUGCUAAUAACAGUGGCCUCCUCCUCUUCGGUGUGGCGUCCGCGGAGGAAAAAUUGCUGAAGGCCAUCUCAAAUUUCGAGACCGAGACGUACAGGUCAUUGUUUCCGUCGUAUAACGACAGCAUGCACGAGGGAUUCAUCUAUCUCGUUACGUGUCUGCAACCGAAGAGUCGUGGAAGCAUAACAUUGAGAUCGAGUAACAUUCGCGACCCUCCAAAAAUUAAUCCCGCGUACCUUCAAGAUCCCGACGACAUUACGUGCACCUAUCGAGCUAUAAACUUCGCGCUGGAUACUCUUGAUACGAGACUGUUUCGCGAGUACGGCGCGAAGGUUCACAUCCCCGAUUUCGAGGAGUGUCGUCACUUGCGACAGGAUUAUCGGGACAUCGAUUAUUCGGAGUGCGUCAUGAGAAUUUCAGGACUCACGAGCUACCAUCCGUGUGGCACGUGCAGGUUAGGCGCGGACGAUAACGCGGUUGUAGAUGAGGAAUUAAGGAUAAAAGGCGUGAGUGGAUUGAGGAUAAUGGACGCCAGCGUAGUGCCAUCUCCAAUCUCCGGCAAUCCGAAUUCAGUUCUUGUCGCGAUGGCCGAACGCGCGUCUGAUAUAAUUUUAGACUGGUCGUCCAAACUGAAAGCCAAUUAAUUUUAUAUAUAUAUAUAUAUAACAUGUAAUAUAUACAAUUGUAAAAAUAAUAAUGUUGGCAAUUCACAUAACUCGUGAAUUUUAUAAUUACACUUAUUGUGACCUGUUAUCUGUUGUGAUUUAGGAAAAGGGCAAAGAAAUCGGUUUGUAAAUGAACAAAAUCCAUGAUGCUCCAAGUUUUUUGUAAUUUAUAAUUAAUGGUAAAGUUUUCUUUUGUUUUACAGUAAUCGAACAGUUAUUAAUAAUCUAAUUAAAUUUCGAUUAAUUUUUAUACAAACAAAAAGGGUGAGUUACACUCAACGGCAUAGCCACGAAUCCCUGCCACCCCGUCCGCGCUCGGAUAAAGAAAAAAAGAAACUCAUACAUUUUUUACACGCCCUCUCCUCUCGAAAGGAUUUCUUUCAACCCCAUCUCCCGUCCGGGAUCGUCUUGCGAUGGCAGAGUUUCGGCGUUCUUCCUAUCCCAUUUCCGCGUUUUACCUCUUUCUCUUUCGCACAUAUCCACAAACACACACACACACACACAUUCUCAUUCUCUCUCUCUCUCUCUCUCUCUUUCUCUCUUUCCUCUCUGCGUUUUCCUUUCUAUUGAUCUUUCGUUUCUCUUCCUCCUCCGUCUCAUAUGAAUUUGUGUCUCUCCUCGCAUCGAUCGCUUCUCUAGCUCUUCUCUCUUCCGUCUCUCGGACACUCAUACAUACUCACACGCACGCGUACCUGUGUCGCCUCUUAUAAAUAAAAUAGUUCGCAAUAAACUGUUGUUUCGCAGUUUUCAAAACGCAACUAUGCCCAUGCGCGCUUCGCUCGUGUCGCAAAUAAACGAGCCCGAUUUCGGCGCCUCGCAUCUCCUUCUCUUCUCUUCUCUCUCUCUCUCUUUCACUCCAUUUACAGUAAUAAUUACGUAACGUAAACUUAAUCUCUCAACUUAAAAACAAAAAUUGGUAACCACAUAUAAUUCGCGGCGCACGCCGCGAACCUCACGCCCGCUCCGGAAAAGUAAAACUUUCUCGACAAGUUUCAUCCGUGUGCGGGAGGAGAAAAAUGGUACGAACAAAAGCAACGCGCGAGUCGAACGAGAAAGGGAUCCAUAGAUCGAGCGACAUCCUCCUCGGUCGUUAUCAUUUGACGACGAUUGAUCUGUGCCGUGGCCGACGUGACCCGAAGAGCGCUGUCGAGAAAUCGACGUGAUUCACGUUGAUCGGUCAGCCUCGGCUUUACAAUUAAAAUCUAUAUUCAAUCAGCGAAUCCGAUUACGUGCGUUUCAACGCGGAGAUUUCGUAACCCCGGAAGGGGCAGAUCGUUCGAUCGCGACAUGGUCGGCUCGGAUCAACGGGAAACACGCGCGGGGAAGCGUUCGCCGUGUGACUUUCGGGCCUCGCGGCAUUUCCGGCGCGCGGAAGAAGCUCGCCGGACGUGCACCGCGCCAUCGGAUGCAUGAAAUAUUUUUUUCUCUUUGUCUCCUUUUUCUAUUUUCGUUUUCGCUUUACUAUAGAUAGAUUUUUUUUGCUUCGGCUCUCUCGAAGAGUGUGCAGUCGCAUCACGGGACCACGACGACGGGGAUCGCUUAAGAUCUAAACAAGUAUUCCUUAAUAUUACGUAUAUAACUAUCUAUUAUAUGUAUUUAUAUAUAUACUUUUAUAUAUAUAUAUAUAUUUAUAUUGAAAAAUGAGUGUACUCUUUCUCUCUCUCUCUCUUUCUCUCUUUCUCUCUCUUUCUUUCGUUAUUAAUAUAGGGAUAGAUUAUCAAUUAAUUUGUAAUUGCGUGUAACAUAGACGCGUCCAGCGCAUAGAAACAUAAAUAAAUAAAUAUAAACGGAUGUAUUUACAUUAUACUCGGGUAGAAAAGGGGGAGGGGUGUGUGAUAUCAAUCGUGGAAGGUUCGGGCAUAUAUAUAUAUAUAUAUAUAUAUUCCCUUCUCUAUUUUUUCUCUCUUUAAAUAUAUAUGAAUAUGUAUAAUAUAUAUGUAUAUUUACGUAUAAAUCUCAUUCGCCUGUUGUUCCUAUGUGUUGCCGGCAUACCUACGACUUCAUCUCGGCGUAAAUAUGCGGCGCGAUGAUAGAGAAAAUGAAGAACGAAAAUAAUACUUCGCGGAAACAGAAAAACCGGAGGAACCGUAGGUAAUGCGCGUAACCAUUUAUAUAUAUAUCGAUAUAUGUAUAUAAAUAUAGAUACGGAGUCUGAGGUAGAAGCGGUUUCGUAUACUUAUCAAUAUAUUGUAUCAUCGUGUGUAUGCGUGUACAUCUGCGUGUGUGUAAGCGUUUGGUGAAAAUUGGUCUGAUCUAUAGGUAUUUUCCGAGUACUAGGUAAACGACUCGCGUCCAACAACCAAAAAAAACUCGCAUUUUUCCGCCGACACGGCGUCGUGAAAAACAAAAGAAAAUGAUAAGAGCGGCAGCUAAUUAUCUAAAUUGAUAAUUGUUCAUUGAUUAAAAGAGGAGAGGAUUCCUCUAAGACCAGUGGCAAUGAUCUUCGCGUCCACCGAGACGAAAUGAAAAGCAAAGCAAAUCCCUAAUUUGCGUCUAUGUUGUACGGAAUUUCCUUUCAUUAUUAUUACGGUUUUUUUUUUAAGUAACCACGUUACGUUUUAUGUAUAUAUUAAGAAAAAAAAAAUCGUUAUAACUCGGUGGGCUAUACAAGCGACGUGCCUCAAUUGGCCGGUCAAAAGAAAAUCGGCGAACAGAACGAUCGAUCGAUCGACGAAUGUGCCGCUGCCACAAAAGAAAAGGAAACGCUAACGUCGCUGGACGAGAAACAGGAGUCAACGAGGAAUAAAUAUAUAUAUAUUGUAGAAACGAGAACACAUUCGCACGCGUUUCAACGUGUGCCGGAGAAAGAUUCGCGUAAAGAAAACUCCGAGAGAGAAGCGCGUGGACUCGCUGUAUGCAUAAUAUUUUUACGUACGCGUAAACCGCGGCGGUUGUCGUGCGGGAAAAUCGCGAGAGAGAAAUCGGCGACAAGUCCGAUGAUGAUUUCUGUGGCGAGCGAUCGAGAAAUUCGCGGUCAAUCAACAAGCGUUUGACCCAACGGCGAUGUAUUAAUACAUCGGAGAGAAGAGGUCCUUUUUAAUAUAACGAACGAACACACCGACACAGUCCCUACUAUACACCCGACUAUUGCAUCACUUGAUUCAUUGAUUUAUGUUUAUUAAGAACCUUAUCGACUAUUAUACUUUGUAGUUUGUACUUGGUUUUCAUAUUCCUGAGAGAAAAGGAUCCGCGACGCGCGCCGCACACCGCGUCGUCGUUCUUUCGGGGGGGUGGAGGGAGAGGAGGCUUGUCCGAUUAAUGACAACCUUUUCUACUUUUUCCCCACUCCUUCCUCUCGCCCGAAAUGAAACUGCGACGGCGAAGACGACGACGCGACGCGACGAUCCCGUCCGAUCUUGCAAAAACUAUCGCUUCACCGUGUUCAUACACAGAGAUUUUUCGUAAGCUUCAUUCUGCGCACCCUGUAUGUCGUGUGUGAGGUAGCAUUUGUACUAGUGUGUGACGAAGUAUUGUGAUCCGUUAUUGCGGCGGCGGCCGCGGGCCGUUAUUCGAGCGCGAUCGGCGACGAGGAUCGACGGUAACGGGAGGUCCCGGCCCCUCUGUGGCAGUGUUCUCGCAUACGUCGCCACGAUGAGAGAUCAGUCUUAUUGUUGAUAAGAUAAGAAGGAACGGGGGAGAACGCGAGAGAUAGACGCGGCGCGGGAGUACGACACGGAUUCUCCGAUUCAACGACAUUCGAACCGUCGAUGUGUCCGAUGUCGAUGAGGUACACGGUGCAGGGGUACGGCGAGGGAAAAAAGAAAUCGUUCAUCGUGAUCGCGUUGGGCUCCGUGAGCGGCGGAGGCCGAUCGCGCGGAAUGGUCCCCGCGACGACGAGCACCUCGUCACCGACACGCGUCCGGCCGCGCGGCGCGCUUGAUAUUUUUUUUUUUUUCGCUCUCUCUUCUUCCCCUACGUGUAUUCACAGUUUUCUGCCCUUUUUUUUCCCUUGUUUGUACAGCGUGUAUAGUAAGUUUAUAAAACCCACACAUCCUGCCUGUCCUGUUUUGUUUUUUUUUUGUUAAUUAACUCUUAUUAAACAUUACGUUUACUUUGUACUAUAAGUUUGCGGCCGAGAAAACGACGGCCGCUCGUUUCCCCGGACGUUCGAGGUCCCGCUCUGCGACAUCGCUACAUACACCGUGUGUCUGUUAUCUCCCUUGUCUCCUUCGUUUUGUCCCCCCAUCUACCGUGUAUCUUCUUUUUGUUUUUUUUCCCCUUUUUUCCUUUCCUUGCUCCGUCAAUUUUUUUUUAAAUAUGCUUAAUGCGUGCGUGAUACAUGUACUAUGUAAUCAUUAUCAACUACGGUAUAGUACUAUUAUAUACUAUACGAGCAAACGGUACAGUAGUUGCCAGUGCACUCUCUGCGCGCGGUGUAGGUGCAGUGAUGACAUCAAUUUUGUUUUCCUUCACUCCUCGCCCGCGGGCAGCCCGCGAUUUCCUUUCUCUCUCUCUCUCUCUCUCUCUCUUUCUCUCUGCCCUACCGGAGCUGCCCGUGCGACGUGAAUGAUAACGAAGGUUCCCCGUUACGGAAAGCCCGUUCACACCGUGACCGUCGUUCAUCUCGAACGUGCUCGAAAACGCGCAGCUUUCGAAUAUAGCGGUCGAAAUAUCGUAAGUCAUUGUUUAAUUUAAUGACAGUCAUCAACGUUCGAAUUGCUUGCCGAAAGAACCGAAUACGUGCGAGACUUUCCUCUACGUCUCGUCUCGUGGAAUUUUGGUGUAACUUUGGUCACUCUUUUUUUUUUUUAAUUUCGAAGAUACUGUUCGCGCGAUCAAUUUAGAAAUGAGUGACGCGUUUUGAAAGAUUGUCAAAUUUUUAAUCCGUUGAGCUUCCUCGCACAAAACGCGUUCGCAUUUUGCUCCUCGAAAGCGUGGCGCGCGCGAGCGAGCCACGGUGUGAAUCUUUCUCGCCUCUCGUGUCAAGCCUUGUGUCACACACGACAUCUAUAAAGGAUUCUCAAUCCGUAAAACACAUAUUAUAGAAACAACAUGCAACAUUUUAUCCUACCGCCGUGAUACAAUAAUGGUACAUACAUACGCGUACACGCGUUUUGCGCGUACGCGCGUCGCGCGAGUGUCGUGUACGUGUGUAGCGUGUGUUACGUGUCUGCUGUCUGUAUGUGUAUGUGUAUGUAUUUUUGCGUGUACAUAUAUAUACAUAUAGACCAAAUAUAAUUCUUACACCGGAUGCACGACGGACCGUGAAAGCAUGGAAGGCGGAAGCGCGCGUUCGUUUUCCGCGUUUUCGACUUCCAAUCGCCGAUCCGUACCUCGACGAAAAUCGACUGUAACAGCGAAUUUGGAAUAUCGUCCUCGAGCCGGAGAGGGCUCGAGGUUGACGAGAUCGGCGAGAAUCGAGAGUAAAGAGUAAAACAAUAAGAGUAAUUUCGUUUCGAAAGCGCGUUCACAAGAAUCGUUCGGUUACUUCUUUUUUUGAGCAAAGCGACGACGAAAUCAACGAUUAAAAAUCGAUUUGAGUCCAAUUGCCGAUUUCCGGCCGUCCCGAAUUACGUAUGUUUACGUGCCUAAUACCGAUGUCGCGAUAAUAUACGACUAAUUAAUUCU